ACUGGACAGGGUAUGGGUUUGGACAGUGUGCUGUAAGGAGCAGUGUUGCUGGGGAUGAUGAAGCCUAGCUGGAUCCUUGCCAUCCUAGUCCCUAGUCCCGUUGUUGUGGAAUUUUUGCUGAUGGUUUCAGCAGGAAUGGGACAAUUCUUCACAUCCUUGCUUAGGCCUUAGCUAUUAGAAAAGCAUGGGGAUCAUGCUGUUUGGCUGAUGGCUUUGGCUGCCCUUUCUUAUCAUGUUGGAUGUUCUGCUGCUCUGCCGUUCUGUGUACUCCACCUUGGGAGAAGGAAUAGGAUACUAAUACCAAACUGUAGCGAGUAGCCGGGCUGAGAGAAGGAAGGCAGGAUGUUCCAGUCUGUGAUGAGAUUUUCCAUGUCUGACAACAUCACGCAUUCAACUGCCCUGGUGACAGCACUGGAUAACGUGACAACUUUGUCCCCAACAACAGCUCAGGCAACCAAUGACACCAACAUCACUGUGCCACACAAGUGUCUCCUGUUCCUCUAUGAGGACAUUGGGAAGUCCAGAGUCCGCUACUGGGAUCUUCUACUCCUGGUUCCCAAUGUGCUUUUCUUCAUGUUUCUUCUCUGGAAGCUGCCCUCUGCCAGGGCCAAAAUCCGGGUCACUUCCAGCCCAAUCUUCACUACAUUCUACAUACUAGUAUUUGUGGUGGCGUUAGUUGGUAUUGCCCGUGCUGUUGUCUCCAUGACUGUGAGUGCUUCUGAUGCUGCCACUGUUGCUGAUAAGAUCCUGUGGGAGAUCACAAGGUUCUUCCUUCUGGCAAUUGAACUGAGUGUGGUGAUUCUAGGACUUGCCUUUGGUCACCUAGAGAGUAAGUCAAGCGUGAAACGUGUUCUGGCAAUCACUACAGUGCUGUCUCUGGCAUAUUCUGUCACUCAGGGCACUCUGGAAAUCCUGUACCCUGAUGCCCACCUUUCAGCAGAAGACUUCAACAUCUAUGGCCACGGAGGGAGACACUUUUGGCUUGCCAGCUCCUGUUUCUUCUUUUUGGUCUAUUCCUUGGUGGUGAUUCUUCCAAAAACUCCUCUGAAACACCGGAUUUCUUUGCCCUCCAGGAAGAGUUUUUAUGUUUAUGCAGGAAUCCUGGCACUGCUGAACCUGGUGCAGGGCCUGGGCAGUGCCCUCCUCUGUGUGGAUAUCAUAGAAGGACUGUGCUGUGUUGAUGCUACCACGUUCCUUUACUUCAGCUUCUUUGCACCUCUCAUCUAUGUGGCAUUCCUGAAAGGCUUCUUUGGGUCUGAACCGAAGAUCCUUUUCUCCUACAAAUGUCAGGUGGAUGAACCUGAGGAUGUGGAUGUGCACCUACCCCACCCUUAUGCUGUUGCCAAGAAGGAAGGAGUGGAUUCUUCAUUCUACUCGAGCACUCAGAUUGACACUACAGCCUACCUGGAUGAUGUGGCCUCUAUGCCGUAUCAUGUGGGUAGCGUCAACAGCAUAGACAGUGACCGCUGGAAAGCCAUCAACGCCUGAGGCAGGGCUAUCUGCUUGACAUGAUGCCCGAUUCCUUCCAGACUCCCUGAUACUACAGCUAUUAGGAUGUCCACUGGAAAUUUGUCCUCGGCUAUCUGCCAUGGCUUUCAUUUCUUCUUUAGGAUUUCCAAAACCUAUCAUGGAACUAAGUCGGUAGCCCAAAUCCUGUUGGAAAGAAUAUUAUCUAUCGCUACCUGAGAACAAUGUAGAACAGUUUUGUUCAUGAACCUGUAAACACUGAACCUUCCUGAUCUCCGUGUUCCAGAUGUGAAUAUGACUCUAAAGACAGCCCUGACUGGCACUUCUUCCUUUUCAAUGACUGAAAGCACUUAUCUGCCAAUUAGGGGAGUGGCAUUUAGGGGUGAGGGUGUUGAUUUCUCUGCUGUAUUGUACACAUGUAGAAAGAAUUUGGUGGUUGAAACCAAAGAAGGUCUUCCUGGGGUGCUUCAAGCAGUAUGGUUGCCUGGGUCUUUUCAUAACACAACAGCGUAGGUGGUGAUAGUAGUGUCUGAAGAGAGAAGCUGGUCAGCUUGUCUCGUCUCUGGCUUCAGCUAAUACUGAUGAAAAUAAUGAAUUGUACUGGCUAAGGGGUUAAAAGGAGUGUUCUGAGUGUGUGGGAAGGACGAGAGGUAUGAAGAGGAAUGAACUGUUGUUUGUGCCCUGGGAGCCUUUUGGGAGGCUAGGAGCUAGCAGCAUGGAUGUGAACUGAUUGAACAGUAGAGAGACAGAAGGGCAGACAGUGCGGCUGUCUAGCUGAGCUGAAGUAGCUGUGAAACAGUCUAUGGAGGCUGUACUACUGUGCAUCUGAGCUCACAGGAAAAUCGAAGUAACAACACGAAUCAGAACUGACUUGCAAGAAUAAAAGCUGUGAGGUAGGUGCAUUUUCUAUCUCUACUGUGCUUUGUGGCUCUGGUGAGGUCUUCGAGAGUGCUGUGAAGGAGGAAGCUGACUCUGCAGAUGAAGGCUCCAGAGAUGUUCAGGUGCUUGAGGCAGAGCAGAAGCCUAUGACGAGUCCAAGCUGACAGUAUUUAGUGUCUGGAAGCUCUCAAACACUAUAGGCAUGGUAGAAUCAACCUAGCUGGUGUUUGGAGUUGGAAGACAAGUUGGAGGUAGAGGUGUUUCUCUGGUGGCGUCUUUCUCUUAUGUUGCAGUUCAGAUCCUCAGACUUCUUAUGGCCUGAAUAGGUUUCAUGGCUCCAUAUGUUGAAAACACUUAUGUGCAUGUGGGGUGUGGUUCAUCUAAAGACUAUCUGGAACUUUUUAUUAACCUCUUCCAUGCAGGAAAAGGGGCUACUAUUGUCUGAGCUGUCUGGCGUGCAGCUUAAAGACAUUAUAUUCCAGUUGAGGAACUGUUCAGCUGAAACCUGUGUCAGAUUGGUUUCUGGGGCAUACUGUGCUCUCCAAGAGGUAUAUUCCUCUAGGUUUAGGGGUGCUUUCCUACCCGAGUCCUCCAGGUAGGUGGAGAUCUGCUAUAAGCAAUAUCAACUUUCCAUUAGAGAUAGUAGAAAGGGAAUUUGAAAUGUUCUGGGGCUCUGUGACUCUUGCCUCAACUCACUGUUCUUCCUUAAGACUACUGAGGUAAGAGUUUCUUGGAAAUUGUCACGCAGGGCGCAGUGUGGAGGCGUUCGUUUGGAUCAUGAGCUGGUAGAGGAGAUCAUUUGCUGCCAUGUGUUCCCACUGUAGGGAAAAAAAAGCUUGGAUAAGAACAUGAAGUUCAUAUUGGUUGCCAAAACUAUGCAGGCCCUUUGCUUAUCUUUUUGUUUGUUAAUGAGCAAUGCAGCCUCUCUGUUCUGCCUGUGGACUUUGCCCAACAGGCCUCUAAGUAGCACUGGCACCUUGAAAACAACCCUCCCCCCCCUUUUUAAAAAAAAUUCUUUUGAGGGAAAAAAAGCUUCUGUUUGUGUGAGAGCUGAAUUGUCUCAUGUCAGUCAACAGCCUUUUACAUUUCCCCUCCAUGCAAUGACUGUGUAAGCGCUGGGCAAGCAACUGGCCAAGUCAGCCCUUGCGACAUUAGAGAAAUAUUCCAUGCCUCUCCCGUCACUUGCUGUGAAUCAGCCUGAGCCACACUUGCUCGCUUACUCUAAAAGGGAUGGAUGAAAUGGUGCCUGAAUUGCCCUGCUGUUGCUCCUACUGCUGCUCACAACAUUGAUCCUGAGCUGCUGUUAGAAACCGUGGGGAAACCUGCAAAGCUUCCCUGGAGCUGGUGAGCCUUGGACAGAGCCAAGAGAUGUGACGGUCUUAAAGCAGUUGAAAAGUAAAGGAGCAACUGCUUUUCCAUCCCAAGGAGUAUUUGCUGACUCUUAACACCGUGACUGAGAGGACUUAUCUGCCCUCCUUGAUGAUGUGAAGAGCGGGUUAUGAAUUUGCCUUUUUAUCAGCUGAAUUCAGUGCUGAAGGAUCACCCUUGCAGGUGGUCAAUGUCCAUCCUGUCCUUUGCUGGCAGGACUCCAGUAUUUCUGGAGCAUCCCACGUUCUGCUGCUGAGGAGCUUCUGCGCUAGGUCAUGGACUGACCUUCCUCCUGUUGUAUUUUUAUGUAUAUAUAAUGCUUUGGGCCAUAUUCACAGUGGUCCUUGAGCAGAAAUGUGUUGUGUGUGUGUGUGGAGAUGCAAAGAGAUAAAAUAUAGAAUAAAUGUAUAUUUUUGUUUGUAAAAUAAAGAAAUAAAAUUAAAUUUGGCAUAAAUGGACAUACUUUUUG